AUGGAGUUCCAGUCUUCUGGCGGAGUGUGCUGUCGUCGGCCACCUGAGCAUUCCCGGCAAUUCUUCGACUGGUGGAGAAUCAGCUGUGAUGGCAUGAUAGUGCAAGCGCCACCUCCUCCACCACCACCGCUUCCUCCGCGUCCAUUCCCAUUGAAAAAGAGUGAAUUGUGCUGGCCCUUAACCCAUGGAUGUGAAGGUAAACCACCAGACAGUGAAUGUCAAAUCGACAUGGACUUCUGGCCUGAUAAAUCGGAUAGCUCCGCAAAACGAGUGAGACCCAACACCCAGUGCGUUCCGUGGAAGCCAACCAAAUUACCCAAUGAAUUUGGAGUGAUCAAGUACCCACCUCCAUACACACGCUACUGCAGGGACAGAGAAAAACCUCUCAAUUUUGUGUGCAAGACAUAA